CUCUGACUUGGAGCCAGAGAGGGAGAAGAUGAAGAAAAAGGAGUAAAAGAGAAGAGGGCGCGCGGGGGAUCUUGUUUUUUUUUUUUCUUACAAGCGGAAAAGGCGUCACACCGGGUGCAGCGCGGAGGACGGAAACGAGGGAGACGCAUCAGAGAGAGAGAGAAAGAGAGGUAUAGAAGAGACUGAGAAAGGAAGGAGGGAGGGAGGAGGCGACAGCGGCUCGUAAACACGACAGAAAACGGCGAAUAGGACGACAGACAGCGGCGAUCGACCCCCCCCGUGUCAUUCCUCAUCUCUUCAUCUCCAUCCUUUUCUGCGCCGUUCAGCUCAUCAUUUUUGCGCAACUCGGCCGCUCGCUGUUUUCUAUUUUCACUCUUUUACACCUUUUACUCGGUAGAAUUUCACACAAGAGGCUACACAUCAGAUGCAAGAGAGGAGGCUGUGCCAUCACUUCCACGGACAGGAUCCACUCUUAAGUCCUUCUCGGGACGAUCAUCGGCGAAACCGAUCCGGUGCAUAAACGGAGUAGUCGGGGGUAAACCCAGCCGGAUGACUGAAGUCUAACCUGGGAAAAAGAGAGAGACCCCCGGCCCCCUGGUUAUCACCGAGACUCCAGCAUCACCAAUGCGAUGGUUUAGCGGCUCCUGCAGCAAAACUGCCAGAGCAGAAUCGGAUCAGCAGGGCUCUCAUCCACCAUGAACCUCUGAAAGACAUCCGACACGGGCACAGAUGGGAUGAAAAUGCGGCGGCACCGAGUGUUCUUGCUGUGCACAGUAGGCCUGUGUGUCAUCUCCUUCCUGCACUACUACAAGGCCCUCCACUACGUUUCCCUGCUGCGCGAGCUCUCAGCCCCGUACCCCAACAUCAAGUCUUUCAUCAUGGUCACCGGCUUCUUCUGGAGGGAGAAGGGUGUGUCUACAACCCCACUCAGCCCUGCCUCCCCUGAAGAGGCCCCUCCUCUACCCGGUCUCCAUCAAUCGGACACCAAAGCUAGAGCUGUGGCAGGUGCUGUAGGAGGAGGAGGAGGAGGAGGCGGGGAAGGGAUGGGUCUUGGGAUGGGGGGAGUGGUGGCUGGAGGUCCUGGAAUUGUUGGAAGUGCAAGGCUUGAGAUGAGGUUAAGGCAGGAGCCAGCACCCCCUCAUCCUUGGGAGAAACCCGAGGAGAACCAGCGAGGAGACACUCCCAAUGAGGAAAUGACUGAAGACCGUUUGAAACCCCGGCACCCCAGCAACCCAGCUCAGCCUGCCAAGCCUGAGCUUCCAGAGGUCCCAUUUGCGGGACAAGAACAUCGAGUGGUGUUAAACAGAGAUCAAUUUCCAGAACCCUUAGAAGCUUUGGGAGACCUCCACACCCGCACUUACCAUCUCAAAGAUGACAAAACCUCAUACUUUGUUCGAACCAAAGCUGGAGCCCUUUGCUUCAGGCAGGGAACGGAGGUGGCUACCCCAAAGGAGUACUCUGGGAAGGCAGGGGGGACUUUGGCUAAUCGAGCUGUGGAAGGUGCUCGAGCAGGGCAGCGGAAACCUCUGGAGGUUCAGCAGCAGCCCUCCCUGGCUCCAAAAGCAAAGGCCAGGGCCAGAGGCAACGGGAAACGACUGGUAAAAUGUGUGUGUCGGCCGGGAUGGCAUGGACCUUACUGUGGGGUUCCCACUAUGGUGUACCACUCUAAUCUGCCCACUAAGGAGCGGCUGACACCAAGAGAGACCCCACGAAGGGUGAUUAACGCCAUCAACGUUAAUCACGAGUUUGACCUGCUACAUGUACGCUUUCACGAGCUCGCCCAAGCUGUUGAUCUGUUCCUUGUUUGUGAAUCAAACUUUACUGCCUAUGGAGAGAAACGGCCACUAAGUUUCCUCAGGCUACUCCUCAAUGGUACGUACGACUACAUACGUCACAAGAUCCUGUAUGUUUUCCUCGACCACUUCCCAGAGGGUGGUCGGCAGGAUGGCUGGAUCGCUGACGACUACUUGCGUACCUUCCUGACACACAAUGGCAUGUCUAGGGUGGUGGGCGUAAGAACAGAUGAUGUCUUUGUCAUUAACGAUGCUGAUGAAAUCCCUGCUCACGAGGGCCUUAUUUUUCUCAAGCUGUUUGAUGGCUGGACAGAGCCGUUCGCCAUCCAUAUGCGCAAGUCACUGUAUGGGUUCUUCUGGAAGCAGUUUGGGUCUCUAGAGGUGGUAUCUGGAUGCACGGUAGGGAUGCUUCGCGAGGUCUAUGAUGGCGAUGGUAUAAAGCUCAGACGCCGCGAGUAUUACACCAUGCCGGGUUUCCGCAAGUAUGAAAACGACACAGGCCACAUUCUGGUGCAGUGGUCAGUGGGCAGCCCCUUCCACUUUGCCGGUUGGCACUGUUCCUGGUGCUUCUCACCCGAGGGGAUCUACUUUAAACUGGUGUCAGCGCAGAACGGAGACUUCCCGAGGUGGGGCGACUACGAGGACAAGCGUGACCUCAACUACAUCCGUGAUCUUAUCAGGACGGGGGGCUGGUUCGAUGGUUCCCUCCAGGAAUAUCCUCCCGUAGACCCCAAAGAGCACAUGUAUGCCCCAAAGUACAUGCUGGAGCACUAUGAUAGGUACCGCUACCUCCUGGAGAACCCUUACAACAAAGCGUCUAGACUGAGUGAGGGCUAGGAGUUCAGCAGGCAAAAGCUAUGUGAAACAACAAGUAGGGCCUGAGUGAGGCUUCAACACUGACUUUUUGGGGGCUAAACGGUACUGAUGAACUACAUCUCCUAUUGGUGAGGUGCUCAUGUAACUUCAUCAGGCAGCACCCAUGAUGCAGGGAUUAAAAAUCUCUUCAAAAUAAUUAUUUUGGGUUCAAAAAAAGAAACUGAAUCUCAUCCGUCAUGGAUUUAUAAAGAGAUCAUUGCGAGGAUACAACCACUGGAUAAACAAAUCCCUCCCCUUUUUGGGGGAGGAGCCAAGCUAUCUCUCUUUUUGUCACCCUGCCUCCGUCCUCCCUUUCCUCAUCCGAGCCAAUAAGCCUGCUGACUGAGAGCAAGAGAACUCUUUGAAAGCAAUGAGAGGAAAAUGUUGCGGCCAUGUAGACCCUGUGGAGAAAAGAAAAUUGGAAGUGAAGGAUUGUUUGUUUUGUUUUGUUUCUGUCUGUUGAUUUUAGUUUACUGACUGGAUGACGAUCCCUCUUCACUCUCCACCUCCAAAUGUCUUCCUGUCAUAUUUGAUGACCUCAUUCCAGAACCAGACAUUUGGAUAUUUUUUCUUUCUCGCGUAUCAGUACAAAAUGAUAAACCGUAUGUAAACCCAGCUGGAGUGUACCCAUUGCCAAAUGAAAAGGAAUGACUUGAUGGAGAUGUUUCAUUUCAUUCUUGCACUCACUCUCAUCCACAUGCACCUUACUCCCCUCUGUAUGUGUGUUUGUUUCAAAAAAGUGCGAGUGUUAUCCAUCUUUGUAUCAUUUUUUUUUCAAGGCUUUGGGGUGUGAAUUAGGGACAGGAUCUGUGAGAAGAAAAAGGAAGCAAGCAAGAAUCAUUACGGGAGAAGACAGGGAGACCAACAGCACAAGUGAGACGGAGAGAAACAGUGAUGUGUUAGGUAUAGAGCUUGAAAAGGUAGGAAAAGGAGGCUCUCUCGAUGCCACCUUUCCCGCAACGUUGAGUGUUGCAGGGAUGACUGUGCAGAAUGUAUGCUCCCCUCUGGCAGCUCUGAAGACAUCAUGGUCUAUCGAUGGCAUACAAGACCGAUGAAACUCGUCGUUAUUGUUUGUCCAAUGAGAACAACCGGGACCAGCUGGGGGAAAAGAUCGGCCUUCAGUUUUUGUCUCUCGGUUUAUCCAGCAGCUGAGAUGAGGUGACUUUGUUUCCUUGGAAACUAAAAUAGGAGAUAGAUGGGAUGGUUGUUUUUAAAGAUGAGUGGGAGGGUUCACGUCAGACGAAGAGUUGCAGCGUUCAGAAGAGGUCAACUUCGACUGUAGGUCCGCCUUCGUUAAAUAUUAUUUUUUCCUGUCAUCUGUCAAUCACAGUCUAUAUGAAACUAUUUUUCUGUCUCUUUUAAAUUUGCUUUCCUUUAAUUGCAGUACCUUUUUUUUUUUUUUUUUUUUUCCCUGUUUUGUUGUUUGUUUGCUCUUAAUCGUGAUCCAGAAGCAUAUAUAUUGUCUCCCUACAAUUUAUUUAAAUUCUCUCCUUCUCUGUCUAAAAGGUUAUAACCUCCAACUUUCCUUCACACUCUCAAUCCAUUUUGGAUGUGUAUCUAAUUCCUCUUAAUCCUCUCAAGUAUCCCACCCUUUUUCAAUAAUAGGGUGUAUUUAUCAUCUCUCUGUCUCAUUUAUAUGCCCCCGUCUCAGGACAGAGCUGGGCAGGGUUACCAGGAACCAUGAUGAUACCUUCCCUGUGCACACAGAUCACAAUCAUCUAAACAUUCGGGCAUGAGUGCUCAUGCCUCCCGCCUUCUCUGUGCCAUAAGCGGCUGUUGAUGUGGCUGAAUGCCUAAAUCCCCACCCGCAUUGUUUGGCAGAAGUUUUUGGACAACUUAGUGAGCAUAUUUUCCCUCUGUGGGUGUGUGUCAUGUGGGCUUGGUGUGUGGGGGCGGCUUGGUUAUAGUCAUGUCAAGGGCAAAGGAAUGAUAUUAUCAGAAGACUGUGAGGAAGGAAUUAAAUUAGCUAAUGAUGCAGCAGACAAGUACCAAUCAAAGAGGGAUUGUUUUCUUCUUUGAUUAUAUAUUGACAGCAUCCACCAUCUGCUUCUUCUAAGUCUCUGUGGGCUACUGUUUACCUCAGCUUCGGGCUAGAUGCUGUUUCAGUGUAAAUAGCUCCUCAAGAGAAUAUCAAGUUUUUGCAGAGGUGAAUUGAUAACUUUCUGAAGGAUGAUGAUGGGACUGUGCUAUGUGUGCUAUGAAGCCUGAACGCAAAACUCUUUAGUUUUAAUUUUACUUUGAAACAGGACAGUUGUGCAGAAUAAUUGAAUACAGAAUCCCUGGAUGCUCUUCCUUUCCGUUUUCACCAAGCUUAAAGUGUAUUUUACUGUUAUGUUAAACUAAAGCUUUCUCAGUUAUCAUGUAGUCAAUAUGCAAAAACCUUUAUAUUUAUCAGAGAAUGAGUAACAGAUUGGCACAUUCCUGGACAGAAUUUUUUUUUUACAAUUUCAAAAGAAAACAUGUAAAAAUCAAAUCACAAGCAAACAUAAAGACGCUCUUAUUUUCAACUAUUGAAAAGCUCCUAUUGUCACAGCAUGGUAACGAUAGACAUGAUAGGAAUCCUGUAAUUUGAUUUAUUCCAUAGCACCAUGUCCUAGUGGACGAAUCCUAUCUAUCAAAUACCACUUUAACGAUAAUAACUUUUAUUUCUAUGGCCCCUUUUCUAAGCAAGGUAACAAAGUAUACAAAAACAAAAAAGAUUAGAAGAAAGCAGUUAUAAUGAACAGAUGGACAAAAAAAGAUCAGUUCUCCGCUGGAAGGCCAUCUUUAAAAAGAUUCCCUUAUAAGAAUCAGGCAUGCACCGAUGCAUUGGUUUGACAUUGGUAUCCUCUGAUAUCGGCUGUUUUGACAAGCAUCUGCCCAUCUGCAAAUAAUGUGGCAUGAACUGAUGUCUGUAGCUGAUGUUGUAUCAAAUCAAUUAAAUGCUGGCAUCUAGUACACCUAACUACUGAUUCGGAGAAAAGGCUUUUUAUUGGGCAGAGCAAGUCACCUGUUGGACAAACUCUGAUCUGUUUUCAUCAUCAAAUGUGUAAGAAAAUGUUGGCAGUGUGGGAGUCUUGCAUCAAAAGAGGUGCUGAAAAAAACACUUGUAUCGUCCAUUGGCUUUCUAAAUCCUAUACAAAAUAGUUUUUAGAUAAAAUGUAAAAGGUGUCACUUUAGUUGAAGUCGCUAACAGUGCUUAACACUAGAAGACAAAGGAGUUUAUUUGAAAGUUUAGGUGACCAUGCUGUGACAAUGAAUGCCUUUGGUUGUUCAGAUAGUGAGUGAAUUGGAGAUUUCCUGUGAUUUAAACCUUAGAAUGUAUGUUGAAGACCUAAAAUUGAAGUCUGUAUAUCCGUCUUAUGAUCCAUGAACAAGCUGGCUCUUCAUUGGUUUGAGCUCAGAGUUGAAGACGUAGAUUACCCAACAGGCCUCUGACAGUUGUGAGUCUGUGCUGUUGCUGCCUCGAUGGCAACGUGGUCUGCGGCAGCAGCUGUUCGGGGUUUUGGUGUUGAGAUCCAAACUACCGUCUAACCCCAGAGGGGCCACAAAGAAACGAGCUUGAAAUAGGAUUUGACAUGAGGCAACAUAAGAGACGACAACAAUGGGGAAUGAGAUGCUUUUUUUUAUAUUAAAUUUGAUUUUCUACCCUUUAAAAAAAGAUUGAUAAUGAUUGAUGUAGACAAUAAGGGAACAGAGGAUGGAUUUUAAAGGGAAAGAGUUCUAGGUUAACUAUAACCUUAAAUUAUUUAAUUUGAUGUCAAAUACAACCCAAAAUGUUUCUUGUUCUCUCCAAAUGUAACAGCAGCAUGCGCAGAGUAGACUCACUCUAACAGUAGAAAGAAAGUUUACCCUCUGAUUUGCACACUGCUGCAUGCAAAGAAAAAUGUUUUUGCUUAAUGGCCAAACGUCAUCUGAAAUGUAGCCACAGGGGUGUCUGUUCAAUCCCAUCAAGAUGUGGGGUGUGUGUAUGUGAUUGUGUGUUUGUGUUCAAGCUCUGCCAAGAGGCAUUAAGCAGAGUUAACUCCCAACUCUCUGCCUUCUGCAAUCAGGCUGCACAUCUGGUCAACUGCAUGAGUGUGUGUGUGUGUGUGUGUGUGUGUGUGUGUGUGUGUGUGUGUGAGUGUUUCUGUAUGUGUGGGUAUGUGUGUUUGUGCAUAUCUGGAUGUAUGCUUUGCACUUUUUUGUGUGUAUGUGCGCAACAGAGAAAGUGAUUCAAGCCAGAUAAGGGUGUCUGGCCCACUGAAAGACAAGCCAGGGCUACUUCACUCUGUCACUUUUCCCAUUAUUGCCAUGGCAACAAACCUCUUGAUGACUACCUGACAUCCUCAACUCAUCUACUGAGAUAGGAGAUCAAUAGGAUGAAAUAUGAGGAAUAGUAGAGAGAGAAUUAUGAGAAAAAUCAUGAAAACAGUUUUGUUCCUUUUUUUUUUUUAAUUUACCUAUACAACCUACAUUGAGUAAAAAAAAAUGCAAAACCUCAUUUGGUUUAACUGCUCAGUAAAUGUCACAGCACUGCAGAAAAAGGACUAUAAUCACACACACGCAGCACACAUUGUAAACCAGCACACACUUCUUUACUUUUUUAUGUAUUGUUAAAAGGGAACAUUUGGCAAGAGGAGUGAUAGGAAUACAUACAAACAAAAACAUUUAAAUCAUAAACCAGGAAUGAAACAUGAAUGGGAUUAUUUUUCUUGGCCUAAGCAAAGACAGAAAACAAAAAAAGGAGGGGGGACGAUUCUACUUCAAAUAAAGCCAAAACUUGAUAAAUGGAGCCUAAAAGUCCAAAAAGACACAUUUCUGAAAUAAUCCUUCCAUUGCUGUUUGUCAUGACGCACUUAUUGAAUGAAGCAUGGCUGUGACAAGAAGAAGGGGAUGGAGGUAAUCAGCUGGACAGAACAAACUUUGAUUUUUCACUUUGAUGAGGAAAAGCCAUCACAGCCAUGAAAUGAAAACGCUCCAAAUGUGUGGUGGCAGCUCAUCAUCCCAGUUAGAGAAAAUCUAUAAACCUGUGACAGUUAAAGUGAAAACGAGGCGGCGUUGUACGAUUUAAGCAUUGUGUGCUCCACCUCACUGGCUCAUAAUAACUGUAAAUGUUUGAUGGCCAAAUGGGAGGCACUUCAGCAGAGGUUUUAAAACUUGAAGCUGGUGAAAGCCACCAUAUAUUAUGUCUAUAUAAUAUAGGGUCUUGUGUACAAAAUUGUAAGCAUAUAAAAUGUUUUUCACAUGAUACAAAUGUUAAAUACUAUCAUUUAACCUUUGGAAACUUGACUUGAAAAAAAACCACCCAGCUGCUAAUAAACCGUCUAUGUUCAGAGUAAGCUUCAUCCAUUAAGGAUAAGGUCGUACUGGUCACUUCAGUCCCUAGCCUACAUUGGGCCAGUGACAUAACUGCAAAGCUAUUCUGCGCCCCCAGAUAAGAAAAAAUUAAGUCAGAUUUCUCACUCUACAUUAUAUCAUAUAAAUAAAGGCUCAUUGAUUUAAUAUAUCUUACAAAGAAGAACUAAAAAGGUAUGCUCCAGAGAUUAAGAUACUUCCUAAAGCACUUAAACCUACAUUUCCCAUGAUGCAACCUAAAAGCCACUUUGUGAUACACUUUCCCCUCUAUCAAAAUUCAAUAACCCAAGUCAUUCUAAAGGUUUUAAGAUAUUGAUUCGUAGUUUCCAUGUAUUUCACACUGAGAUAGCCUUGAUGACAUCAGAGUCAUACGGGCCUCUUUUAAUACAUCCCAAAACUAGACAGCUUUGAAAACACAAAAUAAGAACAGUCAGUCUAAUGUGAUCACAAACAGCCCCUUAAUAGUGAGCCCUCCCACUUCUCAGCACACACUCUAACCAUCAGCACAUGUUAGGAGCAUUCAGAAUGCUUGUGUCUAUGUGUGUAUCCCACACAGAUGUGUUUCUUUAGGGGUGUGUUUCUCCACACCAUCUCAACCAUCACCCCCCCCAUCUGUUGUUGUGCUUGGCAGAGUGACUGACUUGCUGCCUGUCUACACGGUUUUACAUGCCUUCAUGGCUCUGUCCCCCUGCCAGCCCUGUGGCCCCCCACCGAUUGAUCUUUUCCAAGAAACAUUAGAGUCGGGCCGGCCGGAAAUCAAGGAGGGGGGUGUGGGGGUACGGAGAAAGGGGGGGUCAUUUUACCAGGGUCCCUUAGAGAAGACUUUUUUUUCUGUGUCUCAAACUAAAGUCUGGAAUGUGGAAAAACACGAAGAAAAGGUUGAACAUUGAAGGCAGAUAGUGAUAGAGUUUUGAAUCAUACUUAAGCUUUAAAUUAAGUACUAAUUGGUUCCAACACACGCCUCCAUUAUUACCACAGCAACAGAAAUGUGAUGCUGUGUCGUCUUGGCUGUAAACAUGUUGUUAUUCUGUUUGUGUAAGCAAUGGAAAGCAUUCACAUUCCUCAAGCUGAGCGAUCACAUUACUUCCAACAGCUGCAACGGUGUGUCACAACUGAUACUACUUAUCGCAAAACAAGUGCAGCUAUUUAAUCUUCUGGUUUGUGUUACAGAAAGUUCAGGGAUAGAUUUGUAAGGACAAGACAGAAAAUAUAAUGUGAGUCAACUUUGUGGCAAACAUUUUGAAGACUCUUGUGAACUCCCUCAUCCAAAAGACGGGAAUAGAUUUUUACACUCGGUGCUUACAACAUUGCAAAAUGACACUUGGCAACUCUGUCUCCUAGAAAAUAUAUAUGUGUGUGACUAAACACUUUGUAGUUUAAAGAAAAAAACACCCUUAUGGACUAUGCUAGACUUGAAGGGCGGAUCUGUGACAUUCCAGUUCACAUACAGUCCUGUAUUUGUAGUUUUUGUUAAGGUACUGGAAAUAUUGCAGGCUUGUCUUGUUUCAGAUACAACCACACAAAAUUAGUCAAUUUAAUGUAAGUACAUGGUGAAUCAUAAAACUUCCCUUUUUGGUGGAAAAACGAUUUAAAUAAAUAAUUCAACUGAAGCAUUCAUUAUCAACAUUUUCUAGACUUGCCAGCCAUAUGAAUUUACAUUUUUCAUUAUGUUUAUUGAAAAUGUAAUCAGGUCAGUAUUUUGUGUUCAAGAGUUUUACUCUUGUACAUUCGCUGCAUAUGUAAUUUUUAAGAGACAGCGUGUUAUUUAGACAAAAGACAUUAUAUUCACUUCUAUUGUAUUCUAGUGGUGGCAAAUAUUAGAAAAACUGGCACAUCAGUCCAAAAGUAUUUGCAUGUGUGGACACCAUUAGAGGUAAGCGUAUUCAUCUGGGGGUUUUUUUGAGUGCAAAACAGGAAACCUCACAAAGUUGGAUCACUCCACUGAGAACUAAAACCUUAUUCUUGUGUAUGUGUCUUUAAUGAGUAAGAGUUGGGCAUUGUCCAAUUUUCUUUAAUAAAGCUGCCGUCUUGUUUAGAAGUAGGGGUGGAAAAUAAUUUGCCCUAUCACACAUUGAAAUGGGUUCUAAUUCAGGAAGAAAAGAUUUGGAUUAAGCAGCAGUUUAGAAGCAGCAGGGAGAUGAAACAGAAAAACAUGAACAUGAAAUGAUGAGAGGAUUUUGCCUCCUCUGUAAACAUGUCAUGCUAAGUCUGAUGUAUGCAUUUGGUAUUUAUAGCAACAUAAAAGAGAUGUAUGUAUUUGUGAGUCAGAAGUCACAACCAUUCUGAAUCCAGGACAGAUUCUUGGCUUCAGGGGUCUGUGCGGGACAAUUCUGCUCCACAAGUCCGUAUGUUGUGACAAGGCAGAUCAAAUAGAUGAGAGUUAGUGUGGUGCUGCAGAGACAGAUGGAUGCAGUGACACAAACAUGCAUGAAACGGGCAGGCUGACACCUGGCUGCAGAUCAAAUGCCACCAGAAUCUGGAGGAAAGCGAUCAGUGUUUGAUUGUGUUGAGCUAUGAGACUGAACAUACAGUGUGUGGACAAACCUAACAACAUAAUUUUGCCUAGUUUUUAGUUUUAGGCUUGAUUUCCAUGGUGAACUCAUGGACUGUAUAACAAGAUGGACAGUGCAUCUCCAACUCCUCCGUUCUACAAAAGUGAAGUGAAGUGAAGUGAAGGGACAGGCACUUCAUAUUUAGCAUUUGGAGCCAGAGGCUGCACUGUAUGGAUCGGCAUGAAGAGCCUUGGUAUUGACAUCACUACACUUUCACUACGAAAACAAAUUUAACUUACAGAUAAACUGGCCAAGAUCCCUCAGAUCAGUACAGUCCACAGCAGAAUAGAUUCUUGUGUCGGACUGAAACAAACCAUUACAGUAAUUGCAGUUCAAUGACUGGUGUUAGUGGUUGUAAUGUUCCUCUUUCAUUGAUCUUCUACUCUGUUAAUACGGUGCACAAAGCGCUGCAGGAGCAGCAUCAAAUCACAUAAUUCAGCUUUAUAAUAACUUUAACCACGAAUGCAGUUUUGAGAAAAGUAAAUAUGCAAGUGUUAGUUAAUCUAUUAACAUAGGGGAGUCAAGAUUUAUGAUCUAUACUGCAGAAGUGGGAGCUUUAACUAUGUUGGCUUCACUUCAGACACAUAGUUUCACUGUCCAUUCGUUAUACAGUCUAUGGGCUAAACCAAGACGUGUCAUAUAUUUUCCACAAUUCGAUCAAACAAAACUAGUUCUCUUUAAUGCCCCCUGACUUUUUAAAGCUAUUUGUGAAGUACUUAACCUCAGACAUUUCCAAAAAUAUUUCCCCAUCACAUGAGUGUGCUCUGUCACAAUUGUGGUGAAGUCCCAGAGAGGUUGGGGAGAUGAGCACAGAGCAUUGUGUCAUUCUUAAAUGUUGCUUGUGAGUGGGCAGAGGGCCAUCCAACCAUUUCAUUGGGUCAGAUUAUUUAUUUAAAUUUAUUUUUCCAAGCAUUUCAAUGUUUUGAAGUGAGGAUGAAAAGAAACUGCAAAAAUUACCUUCACAUAACAUUUCUUACCCUUUCUUUAAUGGAUCUUAUCUGGAUGUUUUAGUCACAUUUCAGGAAUCAGAAUUUACCAACAGUGGCCAAACACCAAAAAAAACAUCUUCUGAUUCUAAAUCCUAAUCUGUGCACAGAAUCACUAUCCUCUUGAAACCAGCUAGAAAGCAAAGAGGGAAUAAAAGCAAUUUCAAAUGUAAAUAGAAAGAUCUUUCACAACCGCAGAAAACGGUGUGUUUAUUUGAGAUCCCUUCAGUUAUAAUACGAAGCUGGUUGUGAAGAUAUUUUCAAGGCCUUUGAGGGGGCUCCAUAUUUCAGACUGUGUCUAACUUUGUGGUCACAGUUUGGGGAAGGCCCUUUCCUGUUUUUUGCCCCUGAGGCCAUAAAUGAGGUCCAUAGAGAGAUAAUUUCCCUAGUUUGGUGUGGAAAACCUUGGCUUGCACAAAGCCUUGACCUCAAUCUAAGCCAACACCUCUGGGGUAAAUUAAUAAAGGCUCUUGUGGGAGAAAAUUGCUGCAGCCUUGUGGAAAUCCCUGCAAAAAAAAAAAAAAGUGUCAGCUUUGAAAGUUUUAGAAUGUAAUGAGAUGUUUAUGAUCACACAUUGGUGUCAUUUUCAGGUGUGUCCAGAUUCGAGUCGGUGAACUGUUUUUAUUUCCGUAUUUAAAUUUUUCUGUGCCUGUGUGUGUGAUCUACUUUGAAACUGGAGCUCAUUAUCCCUGCAAUGCUCUGAAACUCGUCGUCCCUCAGCUGCCUGACCUGAACAGAAACUGAGGCAUAGAGAGAGAGAGAGAGAGAGAGAGAGAGAGAGAGAGAGCGAGAAAGAGGGGGUGGCAGGGUCAGACAGAGGCAUAAGAAGGGAAGAAUAAGAAGUUAAAAAAGGAGGGGAGAGCGAGAGAGAGAGCCUCCAGAGGGGAUUCGAUUCCCCUGCAAUAUGAAACAGAAACAGAGAUGGAGAGAGAGAAAAAUCGACUGAUCUUACAAUCACAGACAUCACUCUUGGUUUUGCACUUUUUGCUUUUUUUGUGAAGUCAAUCAAUGUGUCUUUGCUUUUCUUUUUUUUGCUUUUUUUUUUAAGUUUUGAUUUUGGUGAAAGUCUGAGAAACAUGGAGGGGGACUGGGGUGUUUUUUUCUUCUCUGUUUUUCUAUUUAACUUUGUUUUUGUCCUUUUUUUUGUAACUUGGUCCACUUGGCAGCUUGAUAUUUAAUGUCUUUUUAAGGCGGUGUAUGUGAGUGAAUGUUUUUGUGUGUGGGCUCGUAAGCACUGUCUCAGCCUACUGUUAGAAUAGACUUCCACUCCACCUCACACAUCUCUUACCUCCUUCAAAGCCAUGAAAAAGGGGACUUCAUAUUGUGGUGGCCAUGUUUGUUUUUCUCUCUGUAACUGUUUGUUGUUCAGAUGACAUCAUGGUUUCCUUGUGACUUUUUCAGCAUCACAGAACCACUUCUUCAAAAGUUGCUCCUUGUUUGAAAUGUUUGAAGGGAUUUUGAUGAUUUUGAUCACCUUCACACACAAACAAAAACAAAAACACACACAAACAGUAUAGCCUCUUUUUAUUACUGUGCUCUGAUUGUGUCCUCCGCUCGUCACACAAUCACACUACUGUAGCCGCUCUGUUUGUGCCCUCGCUGUUAUGUGAUCGCUAUGAAGGCUUGCCAUUGUGCCACCAAAAAAAAAACAAUUUUGUCGUUUCUCAGCCACUUAGAACCGGUUUGGGCCAGAGCCCGAGAGGAACGCGGAGAAAAAAAAAAGUUAUUUAAGCCCUUAUCUUUUGUUUUAUGUUUGGCGGCUGUCUGACUGCAAACUGAUGCUGGUUUGAUUCUUUUUUUUUGGUUAUUCCCCAUCUUUUCCUCACCCUUUACUAUUGAUAUCCACUGUUUAAGAAAAUACUUUUUGCAGCUUAAAAACUGAAACAUUCUGCCUGCAAAACUAUGAAUUGCACCUUAAUGGAGUUUUUUUUUUUUUUUGCUUACCUAAAAAUAUCUAAUAACGGAGGAUGUAUUGGAUUAUUUUUACUUGUGAUAAAAGAUGUAACUGUAAAUGAGUCAGGCAUUGUAUUGUGUCUUCAAACAGGGUUAUGAUUUUGCUUGUUAAUGUCUGUUGUUUUCAUAAUUGAUUCAUUCACUGGUGUUUGUUGUGGGACGGCUUCAUUAAGCAACUUCUGAAAUGAAGCCUCAUACUGUUGAACAUGUAAACUGACCUUUCUACAUAAAACAACAACUUCUGAGGUUCAAAUAUUGUUAAAAAUGAUCAUUUAUCUCAAUAUUUGAUGCCAUCUAUCUUAAAGUAGUUGUCCUUAAACAUUUAUCUUUCAGGAAGCCCUUUGAAUAAAAACAACUUUUAAGGCUUGAACCAGAAACAAGUUUGGUGUGACUAACACUCUAUUUUCUGCUGCUUAAUGAAGCUUAUUACACACACACACACACACACACACACACACACACACACACACACACACACACACACACACACACACACACACACACACACACACACACACACACACACACACAGUGACCACUAGGGGGCAUCCUGGUUAUUCCAUAACAUGAAAACAAAAACACAAACACUGAUGCUGCCUUCCGUCCAUCUUGUCCUUGAAAAAGGACAAAUAACUGACAUGAAGACCAUGUUGCAUAAACACAUGCAGUUUUUUUUACACACUCACACACAUCAACAGUACAGCCUUGACAGACGACUGGCAUCGGGCAUGGUGCUGCCACCCGGUCUCAUGUCCCCGGGGCAGAGUGCUGUCUGCAGCCAAUUAACCAACAGGGCCGGUUGCCAGGUCCAUAUCCAUCUAAUCCUCUCCUCCCUCCUGCCAUGUUGCCAGAUUUAGACCUCCACUUUUUUACACUGCCUUUUGUUGUAUUGAAACAUAUAAAAACGUUUACAGGACUGGGUUUGGGUAUGUUUUUUUUAGUUGACCUAAAUGAUCUGAUCUGUCUUUAUCUACUUGUGCAAACACCUGACGUAUAAAAAACAGUCCGAUUUUUGUAAGCAUUUUAAACAUGUUUGUUGAAGCUGUCAGGAGACGACAUAGCAGGAAAAAAAUAAAACGUUUCUUUUGAUUUUGGCGCCAAAGCUACAUGAGUACAUCCUAUUCCUGAGAUAUUGUGUAAGACCACAACCUGUAUCCCCUGCCUCCCUCUGUCCCCAUGCACUGAUAAUGAUUGUAAAUGGUGGCAUAGUUUUAUUUUUUUAUAUUAUUGUUAGGGCUUCAUUGUUUCUGGGAUCUUUUAUUAUUUUGUGAUUUUAUUUUGAAAUUGUUUGAUGGGUCUCUAUAACUUCUUUGUGGGAGAGUGUGUGUGUAUGUAAUGUAGCUUACUGAAUGUGUGUGAGAUUGAGAGAAUACGGAAAGGUUGGUUAUGUCUGGGUUUUGUGGCUCGGUGUUCAGCUCCUAAUGCACAACAGCCCUUUGCCUGUCUUCAUCAUUGUGCCAGUGUGUGUUCAGAUGUUCCCUCGCCUCUGCAUCCGCUCAUCCAAAUGAAAGACAGAGAGCAAGAGAGAGUGAGAGAUAAAGGGAGGAAGAGGCAGCAGAGGGCAUUUUCCCUCAGUGGAAAAUACACAACUGAGAAAAGAUACUUUUGAAAAAAGGAUAUUUUUCUCCUCUGCGGGGUCACAAAGAAGAGUGUACAUUUCUAAGUUAAUUGAAAAUGAUGAAUAAAAAAACUCAUUUGUUCUCUAUAUGAAUGGCUGUAUGUUAACCAUGAACAAAAAGUAAUGAGUUCUAUGACAAAGACAUAUAAUAAAUUAAUUUGAAAAUUUUAA